UUUGCGCACGCGCAACCCUCUUUCUUCCUUUCCGACACUCGAGCGAAAGAGACAAGAUGGGCCACCAGCAACUCUACUGGAGUCACCCCAGAAAAUUCGGUCAGGGAUCCCGAUCCUGCCGGGUUUGCUCGAACAGACACGGUCUGAUCCGUAAAUAUGGGCUCAACAUGUGCCGCCAGUGCUUCAGGCAGUACGCUAAAGACAUCGGUUUCGUCAAGCUGGACUAAAUGUCACUUCCUCGGAUGGCUCCAGUGAUCUUUUGGAUGGCUGGCCACGAUGGGAUAAUUUAGCACUGCAAAUAAAUGUGUUUUUUUGUCCAAACUAAA